AUGUCUCUGCAGUAUGAUCCCGAAUUUCUCGAGCAUGCAGCUCCCAUCCUCAAGAUGCUGGAGGGGGCUGCGAAGCUUCCGGCGCAUGACGUCGCGACACGGCGAGCCUACUUCAGCAGCUUCACCAGGCAAAUGCUCCCACUCCCAGACAAUAUCGAAAAGAUCGUCCAUCAUGUCCCUGCAUCCGACGGUCACAACAUCCCCGUCAUCCACAUUCGGACGAAAGGCAGGGAGACAAGCGCAAAUGGCGAGCGAGCAAUUGUUCACGUCCACGGCGGUGGAUACUUCCUCCUCAGCGCCGACGAGUGCUCCCCUCCACUUGUGAACGCCGUUGCACAAACUGGAGUGCAGAUACUCUCCAUCGAUUAUCGACUCGCCCCGGAGAACCCAUACCCCAUUCCCUUCAACGAUUGUUGGAGCGCACUACAAUGGGUUUACGCCAACGUCGAGGACUUGAACAUCGACCCGAAACGCAUCGCGGUGAUGGGAGAGAGUGCUGGGGGAGGUCUGGCUGCGGCUAUGACAAUCAAAGCAAGGGACAUAUCCUUGACACCGCCGAUCGCCAAGCAGAUCCUGGUGUACCCCAUGAUUGACGACCGCACGACCACCAACCAUGCGGGCAAGAUGGCGUUCUGGUCCGAAGCCGACAACAUUACCGGGUGGACGGCGUAUCUGGGAGCGGAUAGGGGUACGGACAAGGUAGAGCCGUAUGCUGCUGCUGCCCGGGUGGAAAGCGUUGAAGGGUUGCCGCCGCUGUAUUUGGACACGGCACAAUUGGACAUCUUCGUUCACGAGGACCUGGAGUAUGUUCGCCGGUUCGUGGCUGCCAAUAUCCCGGUGGACUGUCAUAUCUACCCCGGCAUGCCUCAUGGAUUCGAGGCCCUGGCAGCGGGUGCAAGUGUGACGAAGCGCGCAUAUGAGAACCGAUACAAAGCCAUGACUAGUUUCUGA